ACAACUAGUAGAGGAGGACAACGAAGUACCGCAACGCCAGGCGGAGCCGCUUGGCUCUCGAAAAGUCGGGCCGCUGGCGUCGCCUACAUGCAGGCCGCAGCUACCCGGCCUCCCCAAGGGCGAAGGAACUGCGUGUCACGCAAACGCGCAGCCUUCGACCAGGCGGCAUAGGGCCCGCUGCAGCCUCGCGGACUCGUCAUGGCGACAACGGCGGAGUCGUCGUCGUCGAAGUCUCCCAAGCGCACCAAGUCGUUCUUUGUCGACGUCCAAGGCGUCCUCGCGCCGUGGAACUCCAACGUGAGCGACGUGCUCUUCGCCAUGAUGUACCGGCCUUACCCUGGAGACGUCUUCAUCAACUGCUACCCGCGCUCGGGCGGCACCUGGCUCAGCAUGCUGCUGUACGCGCUCACACACGGCGGCCGCCGACCUGCGGACUACACGGCGCUCUCGCUGGACGUGCUCUUCCUCGAACGCAUGGGCCGCAAGGUGGAAAACACGGCACCGCCCCGCAGACUGAAGAGCCACCUGCCAGCGAAGAAGCUGCGGCUUAGUCAGGCGGCCAAGUACGUGUACGUGGUGCGCGACUACCGCGACUGCUGCGUCUCGCUGUACGAGCAGAUGUCGACCAGGGCGCUCGACUACCGGUUCGCGGGCGUCACCUUCGAUGACUACUUGGAGCGCUUUGUCACAGGCGCGGUGGAGGACAACGACUACUUCGACCACGUGAACUCCUGGUGGGAGCACCGCAGUAGCCCCAACUACUUCUUCGUCUUGCUCGAGAAUCUCAAGAACGACUUUGAACACGUUGUGAAAGACCUCGGCGAAUUCCUAGGCGGCCCCGCCGAGCGAUUGGUGCGCGACGACCGCCGGCUGGAGGAACUGCGCCAACUGUGCACCUACGACUGCGCCCCCAAGACGCCGCCCAAGGGCGCCUCACUGUCGCCGCCGCCGCCCGAGUACCUCCGCGACGGCCGGUGCUACAUCAACUGCCUGAGCUGCAGCAACCGCUGGGAGGCCGAGCUCAGCGAAGAGCAAGCCACGAAGCUCGCGCAGUACUUCACCGAACGGACCCAGGGAACGCCGCUCGAAGACCUCUUCGGCUCGCUGGGACGCGGCAAAACGCAGAACGACGACGCCAGCUGCCUCGAAACCGUAUUACGUAAUGAUAAUUAACGCGUCUUUAAUGAUAAUAAUAAGGAUGAGUGUAGAUGGCAUCCUCCAUCGUUGUGGUCAUCUCAAGUACGUCAAGAUAGCGACCCAAGGAAUUGCAGGAGGUCAGAGAAGUCCGUUCAAAUAUAUCGCUGAAGGCCUGCAUCUUCCCUGAUGAAAGCCGCGAGCAAGAUCCAGUGCUCGAUCGGUGCGUGAAAUUCGGCUCCCAAAAGCUAGUGUUGUUUGUGCAUUCGUUGGUGGACUCUAUGAGAUGAAAUGCAGCAAGAGAAACAAACAGACCAUCCCAUACGGCCAAACAUGAGCUGAGUGUCUGUGUAGUUCAUGUUCUGAUGCAUUCAAUAGCGCCUGUUCUCAAUCCGUGUAUGUCAUAAAAAUUACGUGGUGUA